GGGGCCAGCGGCGGCGGCGCUGGGCUGGACCCGGCGGGCUCAGAGCGGCGAUUCCCGGCGGUACCGGAGGGGCUGGAGCGGGGUGGCGGUACCGGCCUUGCCGUCCUGCCCCUGCCCGCAGCUGCUCCGCCCGGCCCUGCCAUGCUGGCCGCAGUAUGGCCCCUGUGGAGCCGGACGCGCUGGCCGUGCGGGAGCAGCUUUUCCACGAGAGGGUCCGCGAGUGCAUCAUCUGUGCCCUGCUCUUCGCCAGCCUCUACAUCCUCUGCCACUUCAUCAUAACCCACUUUAAGAAGCACACGGAUUUCACAGGAGUUCAUGAUGACGAGGAUGCUGCUGUCAACAGGAUUGCGUUGGGGCUCUGUACCUUCACCCUGGCUGUGGCACUGGGUGCUGUCCUCCUCCUGCCCUUCUCUAUCAUCAGCAAUGAGGUGCUGCUCUCCUUCCCCCAGAACUACUACAUCCAGUGGCUGAACGGGUCCCUUAUUCAUGGCCUCUGGAACUUGGUCUUCCUCUUUUCCAAUAUGUCCCUGGUCUUCCUCAUGCCCUUUGCCUACUUUUUCACUGAGUCAGAGGGGUUUGCAGGAUCCAAGAAGGGCAUCAUGGCCAGGGUGUACGAGACGUCGGUGGUGCUGCUGCUGCUGACACUGCUGGUGCUGGGCAUGGUCUGGGUGGCUUCUGCCAUCGUGGGCAACGAUGCUGCCAGUCGCCAGUCACUCUAUGACCUCUGGGAAUAUUAUCUGCCCUACCUCUACUCCUGCAUCUCGCUUUUCGGUGUCCUCCUUCUGCUGUUAUGCACCCCCUUUGGCCUCUCCACCAUGUUCACUGUCACUGGGAAGCUGCUGGUGAAACCCCGGCUCCUGGAAGACCUGGAUGAGCAGCUGAGCUGCACGAGGUUUGAGGAAGCCGCUGUGUCCCACAGGAUCCACUCUGCAGGCAAAACUUCCUGCUGGCUGAAUCUGGACAUGGAGAUGCUGCAGGAGCAAUUCUUUGCCAUCCGGAGCAAGAGGCGGAAGCUGGAGCUGCGGCACCGAGCAUCGCCCUGGCAGAGGAACCUGGGCUACCCCCUGGCCAUGCUGGGCCUCCUAGCACUGACAGGCAUCUCUGUGCUCAUUGUCUGCUUCCAUGUCCUGGAGCUGCUGCUGGAUGAUGCUGCGAUGCCACGGGGCAUCCAGGUUGUCCUCAUUUUGUAUCCUUCAGGCGGGCACUUGUUGCCAUCCCAUCCUGUUUUCCUCCUUAACACUCCUGGCAGCUACCUAAUGGUCUCCUCUGUUGUGGGCUUCUACAGCUCCCCCCUGUUCACUCGCCUGCUCCCAGAGCGGCAGGACACCCCCCUCACCAAGAUCAUCGGGAACUGUGUCUCCCUGCUGGUGCUCAGCUCAGCACUGCCCGUCUUCUCCAGGACACUGGGGAUCACCCGUUUUGACCUCCUGGGGGAUUUUGGCCGCUUCAACUGGUUGGGGAACUUCUACAUUGUCUUCCUCUACAACAUGGGCUUUGCGGGGCUCACCACGCUGUGCCUGGUGAAAAGGGUCUCCUGGGCGGUCCAGGCCGAGCUCAUCCGUGCCUUUGGUCUGCACAAGCUGCCACUGCCCGUGACGCGCUGCCGGACCUGCAGCAAGCCCUGCUAGGGUUGGGGGACGGGAACAUGUCCCCCCCCCCCUUGGUGGCCCCCAGCCUCAGAGGGGGCCGUCAUAGCGCCUGGUGCCUCAGGGACAUCAGAGCCCCUCAGGUAGAACUGAGACCCCCCAUGGGCAGGGCCAACCCUCCAGACAGCCUCUCUUCAAGCCGUGUUAGAGUUGGGGGACAGGGACAUGUCCUCCCCACUGUGGUGGCCCCCAGGGUGGCUGCCAGCCACAGAGGUGGCCGUGAUAGUGUCUGAUACCUCAGGGACAUCAGAGCCCCUCAGGGAGAACCGAGACACCUUUGGGGGCUGCCCCCUCUGCUCUAUCUCAGCGUGUUGUGCUACUGAGCCUUGGUCUUGAGCCACAUCCCCAUCACACAUCCCUAAGGGGUGUGGGGUCUCUCUGAGGCUGUGCUGGCUGCAGCCCCCCCACCCCCCAUUUACAUACCUCGUGCAAGAAUGGCCGGGCCCCCCCGCACUCCCCUGGCUGCUCCCUGGGGUCUGGUUGAGUUUUAAAUAUUGCCCCACCUGGGGACUGUCCUGACACUGUGGGAGGGGGUCGUGUGCUCCCUGCCCAGAGUCACUCCACACUCCAUCCCUGUGUCACUCUGGAGCUGCAGGGGAACACUGGUUGUCCCCUGCCCACUCCAAGGCCUUUGGGGUCCCUAACAGGGGGUCCUGGGGUGCAGGGGACAGCCCUCCCCACCCCAGGCAGCUUGAUGUAAUGAGUACAUCAGGUCUCUGUUACCACGGAACUUGUUUGGAGAAAUAAAGAGUAACUGUUUUUAUAUAAACA